AUGUCGUUCUCAAACCUGGUCUCCGACAUUGCCUUUCGCGAUGCCCGCGCCGACGAUGGCAGCUCGCAAAUCUCUCACGCCCGAUCACACACUGCUCGCUCGUACGCAAGUACCACGGCCACCAGUGUCAGCAUCUCUGGUGAAGUUUCCAGCCAGCUACACUCCGGAUACAGUCAUCCUCUGAGCAGAGCAUGGCAGGCUGAGAGGCAAUUGACCAAGGACAUGCUUAUCUAUCCCUUGUUCAUCACCGACAACCCCGACGAGGAAACGCCUAUCCCCUCCUUGCCUAAUCAGUCCCGCCGUGGAAUCAACCGAUUGAUUCCUUUCCUGGCCCCACUCGUCCGCAAGGGUUUGCGCUCGGUCAUGUUGUUCGGUGUCCCACUGCACCCCUCUGCUAAAGAUGCCUUGGGGACUGCCGCCGAUGACCCAGAUGGUCCCGUGAUCCAAGCUAUCCGCCUCCUCCGCUCUCGCUUCCCUCAACUUUACAUUACCACCGAUGUGUGUCUCUGCGAGUACACUUCCCACGGCCACUGUGGAAUUCUCCGUGAAGAUGGAACCCUCGAUAAUGCGCAAUCCGUUGAUCGGAUUUCCGAUGUUGCUAUUGCUUACGCCGCCGCAGGAGCCCACUGCGUGGCUCCUUCAGAUAUGAACGAUGGACGUAUCCGCGCCAUUAAGCUGAAGUUGAUUGAAGCCGGUCUGGCCCACCGCGUGCUCUUGAUGUCUUAUAGUGCCAAAUUUAGUGGCUGUUUAUAUGGUCCAUUCCGGGAUGCGGCUGGUUCCUGUCCCUCAUUCGGUGAUCGCCGGUGUUAUCAACUCCCUCCCGGCGGCCGUGGUCUCGCCCGCCGUGCCAUCCAAAGAGACAUGGCUGAGGGCGCUGAUAUCAUCAUGGUCAAGCCUGCAAGCAGCUACCUCGAUAUUAUCCGAGAUGCUAAGGACUUGGCGCCAGAUCUCCCGGUCGCGGCGUACCAGGUCAGUGGUGAAUUUGCAAUGAUCCAUGCUGCUGCCAAGGCAGGUGUCUUUAACAUCAAGGAUAUGGCUUUCGAAAGCACCGAAGGUAUCUUAAGAGCCGGUGCUGGUAUUGUGAUCAGCUACUUCGUUCCAGAGUUCCUCGACUGGCUUUGA